GAAGAAGCUUGUUGAUUUUCGGUGCCGCACGCGUUUCAGUCGAGAGCAAUUGGGAAUAUUUGUGUGCUCGGUUAAAUAUAUUUUGUAGUUCUUAAAACACAAGUGAAACUAAAUCCUAAAUUCGUGUGUGCCCACCCACCUGCAGAGGCAGUACCUAUUCAAAGUAUUUGCUUAACGUCUGCCCACCGAAACCAGCAAGAUGCCUCAGUCGGCUCGCGACGGGGCUGCGCCCAAGGACUCCAAGUACGACCUGACCAAGAUCUCAGCCCGCGUGGAUCGCGUCAAUGUCAGCGGUUUGCUCCGCACCCACAACGACUAUGUGAUGAGGGCGGCGGAUGGACUCUUUAAGGCCAACAACUUCCAGGAUCUAAUGUUGGAGGCUAUGUCUACUAAAUCCUAUCUGCAUGAACUGGGAAUCUUCAAGGAUGUGAGCGUGCACAUCGACAUCAGUCGUGGAGCUGAUGCCACGCCCCAGGGAUACGAGGUGACCUUUAAGGGCAACGAAAUGUCGCGCAUGAUGGGAUCUGCCGGCACUGAGAUUGGCCAGAACGAAGGCUCCCUGCGAACAGAGCUGACGAUCCCUAAUAUUUUCGGCCGAGGAGAGAGCAUUUCGCUGCAGGGCAGUUACAGCAGCACCAGGGCCAAUGAUCUUCAACUGAAGUUCUGGAAACCCUUCUUCCACACUCGCUUUAGGGAAAAUCGACCUGAAUUAUCCUUUAGCAUUUUUAGACAAACAGAUAGAUUUGACAUCAGCUCCUUUCAAACUACUAACCUGGGCUACAAUGUGGACUUCUCGGCACACACAAUGUUGGGAGUAGAUUUGACGCACUCGCUGCAGUACGAGAAUUCCAUAAGAGACUUGGGAUUGCUUAACAAAUCUGUGCCCUUUGCCAUUCGCGACCACUGUGGACCCAAAUUGGCCUCUUUGGUGCGCUACUCCGUGGUUUAUGAUAAUCGCGAUGGCAACGUGUUCCCCACCCGCGGUGUUUUCCUGAAAUCAGUUAACGAAUACUGCGGAUUGGGCGGUAACAUCGCCUACACCAGCAGCACUGCCCACGGCGAGUUGAAUGUGCCACUGUUUGCCGGAUUGGUGGCACAGUUUUGCGGUCGUGUUGGCGUCGUUAAAGAGACCAAAAACACCACUCAGCUGCCUAUUAAUUCGCUGUUCUACUGCGGCGGACCACUGACCCUGAGAGGAUUCAAGUUUGGAGGAGCUGGACCCGUAAUUGAUGGGACACCCAUUGGGGCACAGACUUUCUGGUGCACGGGUGCCCAUCUGUGGGCACCGCUUCCCUUCGCCGGAGUCUUCAAAAACCUGGCUAGUCACUUUAGAAUGCAUUUCUUCUACAACAUUGGCAACAGCAACAAUUUCAGCACAGAAAAUAUGCGCAGUGCAUUCGGCGUUGGUUUGGCGGUUAAACUAGCAGAAAGGGCCCGGAUCGAACUCAACUAUUGUGUGCCAGUGCGACGCCAGGCUACGGAUAAGAUCUUGAAUGGUUUCCAGUUUGGCAUCGGCUAUGAGUUCGUCUAGAUGUUGGAUCCCCCGUAUCCAGUGCAUAGAUAUAGUCCCAGCAAAAGCCAUGAGAGUCACAACAGCCCAACAAACUAAAUCUAAUCAACAACAAAUGGCUGCCCUGUCCUUAGUUUCCAGCGUUUAGAGAUUCUGUUUCGUAUUCUUUGUCAAUGCAUUUUAUUUUCCUAUAAAAAUGUAUUCGUAGUCCAGCGAUCAUUUAAGUAGUUCCUAAGGCGUGUACAUACGUAAAACGAUGGUUAAAUAAAAAUUCAAAAAGGUUAAACGAAAAGAAAUUUGUACAUGC